CCGGGUAGUCUUCGGAGAAAAACUUGCUAAUUGCUAAUUGUUAAAAAAAUAUUCAUUGCGAACGACAAAUAGAUUAAGUGACAGAGAGAGACAGUUGAAUUCAUGUCAGGAUAAACUCGUCUCGGUGAACUUCGAAGCUUCUAAAGCUAGUUUAGCUUGCUAGCUGCGAACAAAGAGACCCGGAAGUUAUCAAGACGUCGCUAAGCAGAGCUCAAGUGUGAGUGCAAAGUGUUGUGAUUGUGUGAAAGUGUGUAUAAUACAAAAUACUGAGCGUUGGUGAGUCAGAAACUAACUGCAGCUGUAAUAUUUGUAGCGUGAGAAAGAACGAUAGCGGAGUACGAGGCGGAACUUUGUCGAACAAAAGAGGAGAACGAGCGAAAACGUGAACUACUGGACGCUGUUUUCAAGAAGCCUCUAGUUGUGUUCCACAGAGCAGACGUCAUUGAAGAUCUCCCCCCGAGCAGCAGGAGUGGAACUCCAGGAUGGAGCAGGAGGAGCCACAGCCCACCCACGUUAAAGAAGAAAAGGAGGAGCCACAGCCUCACAACAUUAAAGAGGAAGAGGAGGAGCCACAGCAUCACAACAUUAAAGAGGAAGAGGAAGAGCCACAGCCUCACUACAUUAAAGAAGAAAAGGAGGAGCCACAGCCUCACUACAUUAAAGAGGAAGAGGAGGAGCCACAGCCCACCCACAUUAAAGAAGAAAAGGAGGAGCCACAGCCUCACAACAUUAAAGAGGAAGAGGAGGACCCACACCCACCCUACAUUAAAGAGGAAGAAGAUGGUCACAGCAUCAGUCAGGAAGGAGAGCACCUUGAAGGACUGGAGGAGUUCCCAGUGAUUGGUGUCCCUGUGACAAGUGAAGAUGAUGAAGACAAAGGUGAAAGUGAGGAGAAGAGAGAGGUGGAGCCUCCAAGCAGCAGCUCCACUCAUCACAUGACAACAGAAGCUGAUGGAGACCACUGUGGAGGAUCACAAGCAGACAACCUCUUAGCUCCACUAUCAGAUAGUGACGACACAACGUCACACUCUUCUGACACUGAUGAUGAAGACUCUGAAGCUGAUGUGACAUGUCACACUGACAACACACGCUGGAAAUGCUCUCAGUGUGACAAAACUUUUGUUCACAAGAGGAGCAUGAAAAUGCACGCAAAAAAACACACUGGAGAAAAGCCUUUUCUUUGCACGGUGUGUGGGAAAAGAUUUUCUCAAAAAGAUUAUUUUAAAAAACACACAAGAAUACACACUGGAGAGAAACCCUUUCCUUGCACGGUGUGUGGUAAAACAUUCUCUCAAAAAGAUUAUUUUAAGAAACACACAAGAAUACACACUGGAGAGAAACCUUUUCCUUGCAGAGUGUGCAGUAAAAGAUUCUCUCAGCCGUCACAUUUGAAAGAACACGCAAGAAUACACAGUGGAGAGAAAGCUUUUCCUUGCGCGACAUGUGGGAAAAGAUUCUCCCGGCAGUCAUAUUUGAAAGAACACACAAGAAUACACACUGGCGAUAAACCUUUUCCUUGCACCGUAUGUGGUAAAAGAUUCUCUCAAAAAAGUGUUUUAAAAAUACACACAAGAACACACACCGGCGAGAAACCUUUUCCUUGCAUAGUGUGUGGUAAAAGUUUCUCUCAGAAGAUAUCUUUGAUCGAACACACAAGGACACACACCAGAGAGAAACCUUUUCCUUGCACGGUGUGUGGUAAAAGAUUCUCUCGGCGGUCGCAUUUGAUUGAACACACAAGAAUGCACACUGGAGAGAAACCAUUUCCUUGCACGAUGUGCGAUAAAAGGUUCUCUGAAAAAUGUGUUUUAAAAAAACACACAAGAACACACACUGGAGAGAAGCCGUUUCCUUGCAUUGUCUGUGGUAAAAGUUUUUCUCAGAAGAGAUAUUUGAUAGAACACACAAGAACACACACUAGAGAGAAACCUUUUCCUUGCACGGUGUGCGGUAAAAGAUUCUCUCGGCGGUCUCAUUUGAUACAACACACAAGAAUACACACUGGAGAGAAACCUUUUGCCUGCACAGUUUGUGAUAAAAGAUUCGCUCAGAAGUCGCAUUGGAAAGUACACACAAGAACACACACUGAUGAAAAAACAAAUCAUGUUGAGUGUGUGGUCAGUGAUUCACAAAGAGUACAAACUUGACAGGAUUUCAGAGAACACAAUAAGAACUAUGAAUAAUGAUAAAAAAAAAAUCAAAGUUAUGUGUAAAAACAACUGACGUCGCUAGCUGUCAUGAAUGUAACGUUGAAUGCAUGUUUGAA